UCCUCCUCUCUCAAAGUCCCUAUAUCGCUCUGCAAUCGUGUUGAUUACUCAAAGCACUUCAUUGGAAAUUGAUUGGUAUCGUAUACUGAUUUGGGACUUUUAAUCGAUUGUGAUUGGGGGAUUUAGCUGAAUCAACAAAGAUCCACUCUUUUGGUUAAUUCUUUAAUUUUUGUGAAUUAGGGUUUCUGAUAUAUGAUUAUGAUUUACGAAUCGGAAAGUGUCUGAUCGCCGAUACAUCGGCGAGCUGAUUCACGGUUCUGAAGGGGUUUUGGGUUUUGUAUGGAAACUCGUAGCCGGAAGCGGGCGGAGGCCACCUCAUCAGCGCCUUCUUCUUCUUCCUCUGGGCCAACCACCCGCGCCGCUAAGAGAGCCCGUGUCACCGCCGUUUCUACUUCUACUUCCACCGUCAAUUCCACUCCCGUUGCCCCAACUGCAUCGAUCUCAACUCGUUCUCGCAUCACAACUCGUUCUCAGGACUCACUAGCAUCUUCUACACCCAUGGACUCCACCAAUGAAUCUUCUGGGUCAGCUAGCCGAAACCGCCGUGGUAAGAACCCUAGUCAUGGUUCCGAUAAGGAUAAUUUGGAUAAAGGUAAGGAGAAAGAACAUGAGGUUAGAGUUAGGGAUAGAGAAAGGGAUAGGGAAGCCGAGCGGAUUCUUGGAUUGAACAUAGAUUCUGGUGGUGCUGGUGAGGACGAUGAUAAUGAUAGCGAGGGCGGUGUUGGGAUUUUGCACCAAAAUUUAAAUUCAGCAAGUAGUGCACUUCAGGGACUGCUUAGGAAAUUGGGUGCUGGAUUGGAUGAUUUGCUCCCUAGCUCUGGAAUGGGGUCGGCAUCAUCAUCCCACCAAAGUGGCCGGCUCAAGAAGAUAUUAGCUGGUUUAAGGGCGGAUGGGGAGGAAGGAAAACAGGUUGAAGCUUUGACUCAGCUGUGUGAGAUGCUAUCCAUUGGAACAGAAGACUCCCUGUCCACAUUUUCUGUGGACUCAUUUGUACCGGUACUUGUAGGACUGCUCAAUCACGAGAACAAUCCUGACAUUAUGCUUCUUGCGGCCCGUGCUCUUACCCAUUUGGUUGACGUUCUACCUUCUUCCUGUGCUGCUGUUGUCCAUUAUGGAGCUGUUUCAUGCUUUGUAGCUCGCCUGCUUACAAUUGAAUACAUGGACUUGGCUGAACAGUCUUUGCAAGCUCUAAAGAAGAUAUCUCAGGAACACCCAACUGCUUGUUUGAGGGCUGGUGCUCUGAUGGCUGUGCUUUCUUAUCUCGAUUUCUUUUCUACUGGUGUUCAGAGAGUAGCAUUGGCGACUGCUGCUAAUAUGUGCAAGAAGCUUCCUUCAGAUGCGUCUGAUUUUGUCCUGGAAGCUGUUCCUCUCUUAACGAAUCUCCUCCAAUAUCAUGAUGCAAAGGUAUUAGAGCAUGCUUCUAUCUGCUUGACCCGUAUUGCUGAAGCAUUUGCGUCAUACCCUGAAAAGCUUGAUGAACUUUGCAAUCACGGACUUGUUACCCAAGCUGCAUCCCUCAUCUCAACCAGCAACUCUGGAGGUGGACAGGCUUCACUCAGCACGUCAACCUACACAGGUUUAAUCAGGCUACUUUCGACAUGUGCUAGUGGCUCUCCGCUUGGAGCUAAAACCUUACUGCUGCUUGGAAUAAGUGGAAUACUCAAGGAUAUUCUAUCAGGUUCUGAUCUUGUGGCCACUGUGUCUAUUUCACCUGCCUUGAGCAAACCUCCGGAACAGAUUUUUGAGAUCGUGAACCUGGCAAAUGAGCUCCUUCCUCCGCUGCCUCAAGGAACCAUCUCUCUUCCAGCCGGCACUAAUCUGCUCAUUAAAGGUUCUGCUAUAAAGAAAUCAUCUGCUAGUGGUUCUACCAAACAGGAGGAUAUGAAUCCAUCUUCCCAGGAGGUUUCAGCUCGAGAAAAAUUGUUGAAUGAUCAACCUGAACUUCUGCAACAAUUUGGAAUGGACCUUCUUCCUGUGCUGAUCCAGGUAUACGGAUCCAGUGUGAAUAGUCCAGUUCGCCACAAGUGCCUCUCAGCUAUUGGAAAACUUAUGUAUUUCAGCAGUGCAAAUAUGAUUCAAUCUCUAAAUAACGUCACUAACAUAUCAAGUUUCUUGGCUGGAGUAUUGGCCUGGAAGGAUCCUCAAGUGCUGGUGCCUGCUCUUCAAGUAGCAGAAAUUCUAAUGGAAAAGCUUCCUGGAAUCUUUGCCAAGAUGUUUGUGCGAGAAGGUGUUGUUCAUGCCGUAGAUGCUCUGAUAUUGUCUCCCUCCCAUGGUUCUUCUACUUCCCAGCCGUCUUCUGCUGAGAAGGACAAUGAUUGUAUACCCGGGUCAUCUCGUUCUAGACGUAACCGACGUCGUGGCAGUAAUGUAAAUGCAGAUGCAAGUUCCAUUGAGGCUCCUAAAAGUACAGUUCCAGGGAGUGGAUCACCACCAAAUUCACUGGAAAUCCCAAAGACCAGUUCUAACCUUCGGAUUGCAGUCAGUGCAGGUGCCAAAUCUUUCAAAGAUAAAUACUUCCCUUCAGAUUCUGGGGCUACUGAGGUUGGUGUUACAGAUGAUCUUUUACGAUUGAAGAAUCUCUGUAUGAAGUUGAACGCUGGUGUUGAUGAACAAAUAUCUAAACCUAAAGGAAAAUCAAAAGCUUCUGUUCCUCGGCUUGGGGAUAUUUCUGCCAGUAAGGAAGACACCUUGGCCGAACUGGUAGCUUCCAUGCUGGGGGAGCUCAGCAAAGGGGAUGGUGUAUCAACUUUUGAGUUCAUUGGAAGUGGAGUUGUUGCAGCUUUGCUGAACUAUUUUACAUGUGGAUAUUUUUCGAAGGAAAGAAUCUCAGAUACUAACUUGUCUAGGCUUCGACAACAAGCACUCAGAAGAUACAAGUCUUUUAUUGCAGUUGCCCUUCCAUCCAGUGUAGGUGGGAAUAUGGUUCCUAUGACUGUUUUGGUUCAAAAACUUCAAAAUGCUUUGUCUUCCUUGGAGAGGUUCCCUGUCGUGCUGAGUCAUUCUUCAAGAUCAUCUACUGGAAAUGCACGACUUUCUUCAGGUUUAAGUGCUUUAUCACAACCAUUCAAGCUACGCCUUUGCAGAGCUCAAGGAGACAAGACCCUCCGUGACUACUCUUCAAAUGUUGUGUUGAUCGAUCCUUUAGCAAGUCUAGCGGCUAUUGAAGACUUUCUGUGGCCUCGAGUUCAGAGAGUUGAGUCUGGUCAAAAGGCCUUGGCAUCAGUAGGCAACUCUGAGUCUGGGACCACCGCUGCAGGGGUUGGUGCUUCAUGCCCAGCGACCUCUACUCCGGCUUCUGGAUCUCGUCGUACACGAUCUAGGUCAGCAGUUAAUAUAAAUGAUGGUGCAAAAAAAGACCCACCACAGGAAAAAAAUGGAAGUUCAUCCAAGGGCAAAGGAAAGGCUGUUCUGAAGCCUGCUCAAGAAGAUGGCAGGGGACCCCAGACACGAAAUGCUGCUCGAAGACGAGCAGCAUUGGAUAAAGAAGCAGAAGUUAAAUCUGUGAAUGGGGAAUCUAGUUCUGAGGAUGAUGAGUUGGAUAUGUCACCUGUUGAAAUUGACGACGCUUUGGUUAUUGAGGAUGAAGAUAUAUCUGAUGAUGAUGAAGAUGACCAUGAUGAUGUGUUGGGCGAUGAUUCUCUUCCUGUUUGCAUGCCGGACAAAGUUCAUGAUGUCAAAUUGGGCGAUUCUUCGGAAGAUAGUCCUGCCACACAGACGCCAAAUGAUAACCAGACAAAUGCUGCUGGUGGUUCAAGCAGCAGAGCUGCUUCUGCUCAGGGAUCUGAUUCUGUUGAGUUCAGGAGUGGGAGUUCUUAUGGUUCAAGGGGUGCAAUGUCAUUUGCUGCAGCUGCCAUGGCUGGACUUGCAUCUGCGAACGGUAGAGGUUUGAGAGGAGCUAGAGAUCGUCAUGGACGCCCUCUAUUUAGCACUAGCGAUCCACCCAGACUUGUAUUUUCUGCAGGCGGAAAGCAGCUUAAUAGGCACUUGACUAUCUACCAGGCCAUCCAGCGGCAACUUGUCCUCGACGAGGAUGACGAAGAGAGGUAUGGUGGCACUGACUUUCUGUCUAGCGACGGAAGCAGACUUUGGGGUGAUAUUUACACUAUCACAUACCAAAGAGCUGACAGCCAAGCAGAGAGGUCUACAAAAGGGGAUGGGAGCUCAACUUCCACCAAGUCUAAUAAAGCUAGUUCUUCAGCAAGUGCCAGUGCCAGUGCCAGUGCUGAUCCCUCAUUGCAUCGAGCAUCAUUGUUAGAUAGUAUAUUACAGGGAGAACUUCCUUGUGAUAUGGAGAAAAGCAAUUCUACUUACAACAUUUUGGCCCUUUUACGUGUAGUAGAGGGAUUAAACCAGCUGGCCCCACGAUUACGUGUGCAGUCAGUUAUUGAUGAUUUUUCUGAAGGCAAAAUAUUGAGUUUAGAUGAGCUCAAUACUACUGGUGUCAAAAGUCACUCGGAUGAAUUUGUAAACAGCAAGCUCACUCCAAAGUUGGCCCGACAGAUACAGGAUGCUCUAGCCCUUUGUAGUGGGUCUCUUCCAUCAUGGUGUUCCCAGUUGACAAGGUCCUGUCCGUUUCUUUUUCCAUUUGAGACUCGGCGCCAGUACUUCUAUUCAACGGCCUUUGGAUUAUCUAGGGCUUUAUAUCGGCUUCAACAGCAGCAAGGUGCAGAUGGUAAUGGAUCCACCAAUGAGAGAGAGGUCAGGGUUGGGAGACUACAGCGCCAGAAAGUUCGUGUCUCUAGGAAUCGUAUUCUGGAUUCUGCUGCAAAAGUAAUGGAGAUGUACUCUAGCCAAAAAGCUGUUCUCGAGGUCGAAUAUUUUGGUGAAGUUGGCACUGGUUUGGGCCCAACUCUGGAAUUCUAUACCCUGUUAAGUCGCGAUCUGCAAAAAGUUGGACUGAGAAUGUGGAGAACAAGUUCCUCAGCAAGUGUACAUUCAAUGGAAGUGGGUGUGGAUGAAAAAUUGAGCGGGGGUGAUAAAGAGCUUGUCCAAGCACCUCUUGGAUUAUUCCCACGUCCCUGGUCAUCAACUGUUGAAACUGCAGAUGGCAACCAAUUCCCGAAAGUGAUUGAAUAUUUCAGAUUGCUAGGGCGUGUGAUGGCGAAAGCACUUCAAGAUGGACGGCUUUUGGAUCUCCCUCUGUCAACUGCAUUUUACAAGCUUGUUCUUGGCCAAGAGCUUGAUCUGUAUGAUAUUCUUUCUUUUGAUGCUGAGUUAGGAAAGACUUUGCAAGAGUUGCAAGCUCUUGUUAGCCGUAAACAAAAUCUAGAAUCAAUUGGAGGCCAGGGACAAGAGAACAUUAAUGAUUUGCAUUUUCGUGGGAUCCCAGUUGAGGAUCUUUGUUUAGACUUCACGCUCCCAGGCUAUCCUGAAUAUGUUCUGAAAGCAGGCAAUAAUAAUGUUGAUCUUUGUAACUUGGAAGAAUAUGUUACUUUGGUAGUUGAUGCCACUGUGAGGACGGGAAUUGGGCGGCAGAUGGAAGCAUUUAGAUCUGGCUUCAAUCAGGUUUUUGAGAUUUCAGCUCUGCAAAUAUUCUCUCCUACUGAGUUGGACUACCUGCUUUGUGGUCGUAAAGAGUUAUGGAAGGCUGAGACGCUUGUAGAUCAUAUCAAGUUUGAUCAUGGAUAUACAGCCAAGAGUCCCGCCAUCGUUUAUUUAUUAGAGAUCAUGGGAGAGUUCACUCCUGAGCAGCAACGAGCAUUCUGUCAGUUCGUGACUGGUGCUCCCCGGCUUCCUCCAGGUGGUCUGGCCGUGCUCAAUCCUAAGUUGACAAUAGUGAGAAAGCAUUCAUCUAGUGCUAGCAAUACAGCACCAAAUGGUAAUAUGCCAUCAGAAUCUGCAGACGACGACUUACCUAGUGUGAUGACAUGUGCUAACUACCUGAAACUGCCUCCCUAUUCUACAAAGGAAAUAAUGUACAAAAAGUUGCUCUAUGCUAUCAAUGAAGGUCAAGGAUCAUUUGAUUUGUCGUAAGUUACAUGACAAAAGGACUUGUGUAUACAACUUGGAAAUUAUUGGUGUCUGGUCCUCAAUAAAGCCGGAUCUGGGCCAUCCUCAACUAACAACACCUAGCUGACAUUGGCACCUUGCUUCGAUCGAAUGAUGAAGAUGGGUUUUUUUUUUCUUUUGGGGGGGUUCUUUUGCUACAAAUGGUUGUAAAUAUGUAGGAAGAUAUUUUCUUUCAAAUUUUGACUUUUUUAAGGUCGUGCAGCACAUACAUGUAAGGGCACCGAUAUUGCCAUCUUUUUAGCUUCUCGCAGAUAUGAGGAAUGCUGUUUCUUUGUCAGUACAGUUAUUACUUAAUUAAAAUGAUGCAAUAAAUUGGC